GUUCAUGAGAGAAUGAUUAGUCAGGAGGUGGUGAUGGUAGUGACACCGGAAUUGCCCAUGACGAGGAGCGUGUCAUAAAAUGAUCGGAAAAAUCAUCGACGUUACGACCUUAUUCGCUUGAGUUCAAAUUUAUUAAUUUUAUCCCAGAGAUUAUGACAUGAUGGAUUUUUUGGGAUUCUCUGUGGCGUUGAGUUAGUUACCAUGGGCUCCAGGUUGAGGGAGAAUGUCAAGCAUCUGUUCGAGUGCUUCUGCGAGGUGGCCGCCCCAGUGGGCGAAAAGGCAGCUUGGAUUCUCCAGAGAUACCCGGACAGCUUCGGUGAUCAGGAGCUGCUGAAAUCUGUUCCAAAAUUUGCGUAUCCAUGUGAAUUUGAAAACUCGAUGGUGCAGCACUUCUCCUUCGUCCUAACGAGUAUUGAUUCGAAAUGGACAUUUGGCUUCUGCAGACACGACCCUAAAACCGAAACUGCCCUCGUAGUGCUCAGCUCACUCCCCUGGCACGAGAUGUUCUACAAAUUACUGAAUCAUAUCGCAACCUUAACGUCAAGCUCGAAUGGGGAGCUCUGGAAAUUCCUGGGUGACGUACACGCGAGUAAUGUCCCAAUGCCAGGAACAUCAGUAACAAUUCCCCUGCCUGAUCCCAGCAUCACCUACGUAUGCCAAAGUCCCAGGCAAUUUCAAUUGCCUAGUAUACCUGAGAAUCGAAAUUUAACCGAGUACUUCAGUGCUGUCGAUCCCCACAAUAUGAUGAUUAUCUUCGCAUCAAUGCUGUACGAGAGGAGAAUAAUAUUCACGUCUAAGAGAUUAUCGAGGCUGAGUGCGUGUGUGCAAGCCUGCAAUGCUCUCAUAUAUCCCAUGAUUUGGCAGCAUAUUUAUAUACCAGUUCUACCCCUCGCACUAAUGGACUAUCUGUUAGCACCCAUGCCGUUCUUGAUUGGAGUGCCCACUCCAAUUCUUCAGAGAGUUCAGAAAGCUGAUUUAGGUGAUGUGGUUAUCCUCAACGCUGACAGUAAUUGCAUAGAGUCGCCAUUUCAGGAUCUAGAGUCUCUGCCGCAGGAUGUGGUCACGAAUCUGAGAAAAGCAUUGCGUAACAGGCCAGCACUUCUGGGCGACGGUGUCUCAAGAGCAUUUUUACGUGCCUUGGUACAGCUGACAGCUGGCUACAGAGAGGCGCUGACACUUCAGCAGGGGGAGCGUAUUACCUUCGAUGAAAAUGCAUUUGUCGAGAGCAGGCCAUACUCCAUGCAGCCAUUUCUCAGAAAAAUGCUCGAGUUGCAAAUUUUUCAACAAUUUAUAGAGGAAAGACUGCACAUGCUCAAUUCAGGCCUCGGGUUCUCCGAUGAAUUUGAAAUGGAGGCGUGUAAUUAUUCGGACAAGUCGAGUAGUAAAUUAAUGCAGCAAUACCGUGAAUGGACGUACGCAAUGAGAAAGGAGGGCUCGGCAUUUUUCCGGAGUGUCAAGGACAAAGCUAAUCCCGCGGUUAAACUCGCUGUCAAGUCGGUUAAGGAUAAGGGUAAAGAUAUGAAGACUGUGUAUAAGGGAUUCAAGUGGAAAGGUCGCUCGAGGGCCAGUGAAAAUAGUAUGCGCUUUCAUCAGCCUCGAUCUGCACCCAGUUCACCCACACUCGAUAGACGAACUAAUAUGUUUGGGAGUGGUUCUAAAUCACCCAGUGGAUUUACAGCCACUACAAGCUACAGGAAGGAGCUUAGGAUGCGGAAUAGUAAUGUUCCUGACGCGAGUAGGAAGCAAUACUCACCAUUGAGUCCGGGCUCCCCUGAGGAGCCAGACUCACCCCCAGAACGCCUGAACAUAGAUCUCAUGAAUGAACUGCAGGACGUCAUCUUUCCAAAUACUCCACCAGUCGACAGAACCUUGAAACCAGUGCGCAGUUUAGACAGCUUGAGACCUGCAUGGAGCGGGCGCUUGCGGCACGGCUCACCCUCAUCCAUUCCCACGAGUGAUGCAACCCCAUGUCCAAAAAAUCCCUCCAAUUACCUCAUUCCCCCCUGCAAUCAAACCAUACCAUCGAAACUCGCUAAAAAAACGAUUGAGAGAAUUGUUAAAAAUCAUAAAGCCCUCGAUAAACCAUUAAAGGUUGACCCACCAGUUGCGAAUGAGUACAUAAAUCCCACAGCAAUCACCAAUCCAUUCGUCAACGGUGUAACCACUUCCAGCAAUCCAUUUCGCACUGACAUAUUUCAAGUUGAUGAGGAAUCAAAAAUAACGAAUGAUCCAUUCGACACUAGUCAAGUGCAUUUACCCCUUCUGUUACCAAAAGCAUCAAUCGAACCCCUGAAUGUUCCCACGAGUGGUGACACUCCUCCCUCGUUAAAACCCGACCUCUGCUCAACUAAAGUUAAGGCAACAUCAGAAGUACAGGAUCUGAUCCGGUUAAGCUCCACAAACAGUGACGACGACUUCGAUCCCCUCCUCUCCAAGUCCUUCAUGGAUCCCAAGCAGAUGACCCAGUCUCUUCACAUCCCCCAAAUGGGGGAGGGUCUGAGUAAUCCCUUGUAUCCCUAUUUCCUUCCAAAAAACAACACCAAUGACUGCACCAACAGCACCAACUCUGCAGAAAGACUCGGUGACUUCGAUCUCCUGCAGGAGUACGGACUGGACUUCAAUAAAUUCAGUCUGACUAAUGGUGCAGGCGCGACAAAAAAAAAUACAUGCAGCGAGGACAAGGAAUCGAGUGAUAAAAUCGACGAUGUAUUCAGCAGCUCCUUCACAGGGUCGACAACAAAGUCCCAGAACAAUUGGACGAAAUUCGAUUAAAAUCAGAACAACACGAUUUAAAUCGUUGAAUCAUUGUCCCCAGCCUGACAGCCACUUCUGCUGACAUAUCAUAAUUUGUAAAUAAUAAUGAAUUCGUGGAUUCAAUUAUUUAACGAAUAACAAUAAAUUAAAAUGCAAUGAAUUAAACGAGAUGAGCGAGUAGGCGACAAUUGUUGAGCAAGACGAACAAUUAACGUUCAUUUAUUGUUUAUAUUGCGUCAAUUUUUGAAUCAACACGAUGUAAAUAUUUUUUAUAGUUAAAUCAAAUUGUUUGUUACUGAGAAUUUUUUUGUCUCCAGUUUUAACGAGCCAAUUAAAACUUAGCGGUUGAAUUUAUUCAAUUAGUUAAUACGUUGAUCUGUAUAUUUUAGAGAGUAUAUACAUAUAUAUAUUAUUAAUGAUGAAUUAUUGGCAUGCACCGAUGGGGGCAUGAUUUUACACCGAAUCCAUACCAACGAUUAUUACCAUUAAAUCAUGAGACCAGUGCAAUUUAUUAUUGCCGAGUUCAAUUAAAUUUACAACAAUAGAAAGUAUUACUCGUAAAUUAAAGGGAACUGAUAACGGCGGAAAUACUCGAAUUUAUUCAAAUUAUUUGUUGCUCGAGGGUAACUGUCUAAUUAUCACUCACUAUCUUCCAAUGAAUAAUUUUUUUGCAGGUGACGAUAAAUUGGAUCGAGUCGAUUUUAAUUCAUUUCAAGUGGUGAAGCCAGAUAAAUUGCGUUGAUUGAUGAAGAGAUAAUUUUUUACUCGACUCAUUCCACUUUCUCAAUUCACACGUAAAUUAGAUUUUUUCUAACUAAUAAAUACUGUAAACAUGCGUUGUAUACCAUUUACCGACAAUAUCUUUUAUAAUAGAAGAAACGCAGAACAACCAAAAGUGAAGCCGAAAAAUGAAUUAGCACAAGAAUAAACAGUGAAAUUUUAA